AUGGAGACCGACGCAAAACCUGAGCCGGCCACAGAAGUCAGAGAAGAACACACACAACCCGCGGAUUGUACUGAUCGAGGAGUCCGUGCCUGGACAGUUGUUGCAGGGGCCUGGUGCUGCAUUUUCUGUGGUUUUGGCUGGGUCAACGCUAUCGGAGUUUUCCAAGAGUAUUACCAGACGCAUCAGCUGCAGUCCUACUCCACUUCCAGUAUAUCUUGGAUCCUAUCUCUCGAGCCUUUCGUCCUCUUCGCAGCGGGCAUUGUCAUUGGAAGGCUCUUUGACAACUACGGGCCAAAAUGGCUGCUUAUCAUCGGACUAUUCCUGCAUGUUCUCGGCCUGAUGAUGGCCUCUAUUUCAACCCAGUAUUAUCAAUUUCUCCUUGCCCAGGGUAUCUGCAGCCCACUAGGUGCGAGUUUCGUUUUCUACCCUGCGUUAUCAUGCACUGCAACGUGGUUUGAUAAGCGACGGGCUCUGGCCUUUGGUAUUGUCUCUAGUGGCUCAUCCUUAGGAGGAGUCAUAUUUCCAACCAUAUUAGCUUGGUUAUUACCUAGCGUUGGAUUUGGUUGGGCACUUCGAAUCUCUGGCCUUUUGGUUUUUAUUUUGCUAGUUAUUGCAAACUUAACUGUGCGGUCUAGGAUAGCUCCUAUUCCACGGCCGGUUAGGUUGUAUGACUAUCUUGAUCCUUUCUCGGAGAUACCAUUCAUUUUGCUCAUGCUUGCCUCGUGUUGUGGAUUCUUUGCCAUGUUUGUGCCCAUCAACUAUGUGAUUCUAGAGGCACAGACGGGUGGCGUGGACGCCAACCUGGCUAAAUAUCUGCUCACAAUAUUGAAUGCUGCAAGGCGAGUAGUAAUGAUUGCAAUGUGUGUGCUAUCUGCCGUUGUCUUACUUGCUCUAUGGAUUCCGGGAACCCUUGUCAACCCUGGGUCCGCGGUAGUCUACGUCGUUUUUUGUCUGCUAUACGGAUUUGCCUCUGGUGCGUUCGUAGGCAUGGUGCCGGCUCUUCUAAGCCAGAUCUCAGCCGAUGUGACCAAGACCGGAGUUCGCCAGGGUGUUCUAUUCGCCUGUAUCAGCAUUGCAACGCUCACUGGAUCCCCUAUUGCGGGAGUGAUCUUAAACCAACAAAAAGGGGAGUAUUGGGGCUUACAGAUAUUUGCGGGUAUAAUGAUGGUAGGAUGUGUUUGUUUCUUCAUAGCUGCAAGAGUUGUGCUUGUUGGAUUUCGUGUCAAUAAAAACAUCUGA